AUGUCUGCCUCUCAAGAUUUUGAUAUUGAAGAACCAUUGACUUCUUCUUCCAGGCCAUUAACUAAUGCCACUAUUACUGUUAGAGUGAUUAAAUCUUUCCCAUUUAGAAAUGUUAAGAAUCUCAUUUUAUCUAAUUAUGAUUUGAAGACAAAGACGCCAAAAGAUUUAUUCGAUGAGGUAACUAAACGUAUUCAAUCUGAAGCUUCAUUUAGGCCAUUCCGUACUAUAACGUAUGACACUUUUAAAGUCUAUACACAUGCACAUGGUUCCAAGACUGUUAAUUUAGUGAUAAACUUCGAUCAUGAUGACGACUGGACAUUAGACAUUGAGAAUCCUAAUAAAAAAUUGUUUGAGUAUGGUAUUGAGAACGAAACUGAAAUAUCUUUUUAUAAAUUGAGUGAUUAUGUUGCAUAUAAAGCCAAUCCUAUUGAAAAAUGGUAG